UCGUAGAAUCUACACAAGUGGGAGGCUAGUGAUUGCUGGACACAAUUUAAAGACUUUGAAAGACCGCUAGUUCUGUUACGACAAGAUGAGAGGGGUGUUCGGCAUAGUGUGCACAAUAUGUCUGGUUUCCAGGGCCUGUGGGUUUGCCUUGCGACAAUCAUCAUUUGACCCAAAUGCGCUUUUCCAGCAACAAGCUCAGAUAGCGUCUUCAUCCAUCAAAGGAACCGGAAGCGUAGCGUCACCUAGCGGAGGAACAUCGGGUUCCCAAACUGGAGCAAGUUCUUCUGGUGCAGCAUCCUCCUUCGAUCCUAAUUCACUGAACAAUCAAAUGAUGCAAAGUGCAAACCAGGGUCCCCCAAACACCGGAGGUUCUUCUGGAAGUUCUUCCGGAUCCUCUUCCUCUUUUGAUCCGAACGCUCUAAACAAUCAAAUGAUGCAAAGCGGUGGCUCAGGGGGAUUUGAUCCUAAUGCCUUAAACAACCAGAUGAUGCAACAAAACUCACAGAGUAGCAGUGGAGGCGGUAGUAGUUCCACUUCAUCGUUUAAUCCAAACGCGCUAAACCAGGGAGUGUCCCAGUCUCAAAGUGCUGGUGGAUCGACCGGCGGAUCAGGGAGUUCCGGCCAAAUGAGCGGAGGGUCUUCGUCGUCAUUUAAUUCAAAUCAGCAAAUGGCGCAGUCGCAGAGUGCUGGAGGUUCAAGUAGUCCUUUACAGACAAGCGGUAGCUCUAGUGGUUCAUCAAGCGGUUCCUCAUCGUUCAAUCCUAACGCAAUGAAUCCACAAAUGUCGCAGUCGCAAAGUGCAGGAGGUUCUAGCGGUGCCUCAAGUCAGAUGGGCAGUGGCACAAGUCAGAUGAGUGGCUCUAGUCAGACUAGUGGUGGAUCUAGUGGUGGUUUCGAUCCUUCAUCGAUGAACAAUCAAAUGCUGCAAAAUAAUUUACAACAAAUGUCAGCGGGUCAGCAGAUUAAUUCUAACAUGAUGAGCAGUGGUUCUUCCAGUGGAAGCGGCAGUAGUGGGGGUUCCUCCAGCAUGUCAAGCGGAAGUGGCGGAUCCGGAGGAAGCGGGAGCGGGGGUAGCGGAGGUAGCUCGGGUAGCUUUGAUCCAAACUCAAUCAACAAACCAGAAAAUAAUAAGAUCGACCCCAGUUUAUUGAUGUCAAAUAUGGGUAGCUCCUCCGGCGGAAGUUCAAGCGGUGGAUCUAGUCAAAUGAUGAGUGGUGGUAGCUCUGGGGGAAGUUCAAGUGGCGGAUCCAGUCAAAUGAUGUCGCCAUCUAACAUGAUGGGUGGUGGGAGUUCAGGCGGAAGUUCCAGCGGUGGAUCCAGCCAGAUGAUGAGUGGAGGAAGUUCUGGAGCAAGUUCAAGUGGCGGAUCCAAUCAAAUGAUGUCGCCAUCUAACAUGAUGGGUGGUGGGAGUUCAGGCGGAAGUUCCAGCGGUGGAUCCAGCCAGAUGAUGAGUGGAGGAAGUUCUGGAGGAAGUUCAAGUGGCGGAUCCAGUCAAAUAAUGUCGCCCUCAAAUAUGAUGAGCGGUGGGAGUUCAAGUGGCGGAUCCAGCCAGAUGAUGAGUGGAGGAAGCUCUGGAGGAAGUUCGAGUGGCGGAUCAAGCUCUAGUAGCGGUGGAAGCAUGCCUAACUUUAACCCCAAUCAGCUGAUACAGAGUAUGAUGGGUGGAAUGAAUCUCAUGAAUCCUAGCCAAUUUAUCGGAAGGAAACGAUUUGUUCAAUAGACAUUAAUUUGUAUAAUGCAAUAAAGUCAAUAUGAUUUUUUCUAAAUGUUUUGGUAUGGCGUCCAUUGAUCACAUAUCAGUGUAUAUACAAAUAAAGCACCCACUUACUUGAA